GGGACUGGUGCAUGCUGGGAAACAGGCGAGGAAGACGACGAGGUCGACGUGGAGCUGGUCCAGAGUACAGAGUGUCGUUAGUCCCACAGAUAACGAGGUGACACGGGACGUCCCACAUGUCUGUAAUUGAACAUUUGACACCCUGAUCAACCUCUGUGACCUCUGUGACCUCACAACAGCUGAGUCACGUUCUGGUGAUGUGGACGAACAUCACUCUGUCCUUCAGCACCUGAACACAACAACCAGUCAGAGGGUCACGUUGCAGUUCAAUAUACAGCUUCAACGGGACAGUGAACGCCACGCAGCUUCAACGGGACAGUGAACGCCACGCAGCUUCAAACGGGACGGUGAACGCCACGCAGCUUCAAACAGGACAGUGAACUCCACGCAGCUUCAAACAGGACAGUGAACGCAACGCAGCUUCAACGGGACAGUGAACGCCACGCAGCUUCACACAGGACAGUGAACGCCACGCAGCUUCAAACAGGACAGUGAACGCCACGCAGAUUCAACGAGACAGUGAACGCCACACAGCUUCAAAAAGGACAGUGAACGCAAACCCGCUUCAACUGGACAGUGAAGGCCACGCCGCUUCAAACAGGACAGUGAACGCCACGCAGCUUCAACGGGACCGUUAACGCAACACCGCUUCAACGGGACAAUGAACUCCACGCAGCUUCAAACGGGACAGUGAACGCCACGCAGCUUCAAACGGGACAGUGAACGCCACGGAGCUUCUAGUAGUGCUCUAGUACACGGCACCUUCCUGUAGCCACAGUCAGUAACUACAAGUACUACAUGGCGUCGUCAUGUGAUCAGCUGACUGUCUCAGUUUAAACGCAGAGUCUCAUCACUUCUGCCCGACGACACGAAGAAACCAGGUUGUUGAUCUCAGCGUCAUGGAGCGAAAGUUGGAUCUGUCUCGUCUGACGGACGACGAAGCCAAACACGUGUGGGAGGUGAUUCAACGAGACUUUAACCUCCGCAAGAACGAGGAGGAGAGACUUGGGGAGCUGAAGACCCAGAUCCAGAAGGAGGACACUAAGCGCGAGCUGCUUGGUUCUCAGAGUCAAGUGUCCGACUCGUUGUGUAUUCGUUGUCUUCAGCCGUUCAAGUUCCUGGUAAACAGUAAGCGUCAGUGUCUCGACUGUCACAUGUUCACCUGUAAGUCCUGCAGCCGCUACAACAAGAAGGAGCACGGCUGGGUGUGUGACAACUGCCGCAUGACCAGGGUGUUGAAGAUCGGCACCGUGGGCUGGUACCAUGACAACGUCAGGAACAGAUUCAAACGCUUCGGCAGCGCCAAGGUCAUGAGGUCACUGUACAAGAGGCUGAACGGGGACGGUGGUCGCGAUGACGACACGCAGAGUAUGCCGGACGUCCGCAGCUACAUGUACAACGUGAACGAGGACGACCACGGCGACGGCGAGGCUCAACGCUACAAAGUGAUGAGAAAGAGUAAACGAUUGCUGUCAGUUCAUCCUCUGGACUUUGACUCAGAAGAAUACUUCACCCAUUCACGACGAGCAUCUGUGCAGCAGAUGCAGGAGGAUCGAUUUUACAGGAACGACGUUGAGAACUUCGACUCGUUCAACCAGCGCAGAGACCGGAGGAAGAGUCUGGACCGGUACCACAUGAGACCCGAUGAUGUGGAGAACCGGAUGGUUCGGACUCGUUCACUGUCUAAGAUCAGCUCGUCGGUUGCUCGGCAACAGUACGUAGACACCUCUGACGAGGACGAGUACCAGAGGAACCCCCUCCCCCUGUACCAACAGCCCCCCCACCGCCGCUGGAACAGCAAGGCCUCGUCUCAGGAGAACCUGGGACAAGCUCCGCCCAUCAACGAGCUGAACAAACGCAUGUCGGCCAUCGAGAGUCUGCUGAGUCGUCUGGAGGAGAAGAUGACGCCCGGAGACGAGACGCCGUCUGGUCCCAACGAGGAGGAGAAGCUGAGGAGGAAGUUGAGCGAGUUGGCAGGAAACCUGAGCGACAAGGUUCUGUCGUCGGACGACGAGUCGGCGAAGAAGAGCGCGUCUGUGGGUCGCGGUGCGGUCGGCGUCAGAUCUGUGAAGGUCAAAGAACUGAGCUCGUCCAGCGACGAGGUCCCGACCCAGGCUCAGAAGAGAUCGACUGCCGCCGCCCUCUGUGACCUCACCACCGAGGUGCUGAGAACCAUUAACGCCACAGAAAACGCGAUGGUCGAGUUCGGCCUAUCAGAGGCGAGCGACAGGUCCCACUUAGUAGUGACUGACGUAAAGCAGGCAGAUGAUGCAUUCAGGGAACUUGAGGAAAAUGUUUACAUCGCCGCUGGUCAGUCGUACGAACUGGAGACGAAACUUCGUAAACUGGAGCAAAACGCCAAAAACCGUUUUGGAGGAACAACGGACUCGGAGCUGUCGGAGCUGGAGGACGUGGUGGCGCUGACCGCCGCCCGGGUCCAGAGCGCCGAGAGCGAGGUCUCGGACAUCGAGAGUAAAAUCGCAGCGCUGAGCGUCGCCGGCUCCAAGAAGAAGGUUCCUGGUUCUCAUCAGAGGAAAAAGUCGACUCAGGAUCUGCCAAAAACUAAUGGAGCUCAGUGGAGAACCAACAACAUGUUCUGAGCACGAGAAACAGAGAACUGAAGGACCAGAGACACUGAGAACCAAAGAACCUUAUAACUAUAGAACCAGAGAACUAUAUAACAUUAUAUCUAUAGAACUAGAGACACUGAGAACCUUAAAACUAUCGAACCAGAAAACCAGAGAACCUUAUACUAUAGAACCAGAGAACCAAAUAACUAUAGAACCAGAGAACUAUAAAAAAUUAUAUCUAUAGAACCAGAGACACUGAGAACCUUAUAACUAUAGAACCAGACAACCUUAUAACUUUAGAACCAGAGAACCAAAGACCUAAAGAACCAAAGACACUGAGAACCUUAUAACUAUAGAACCAGAAAACCAGAGAUCCUUAUACUAUCGAACCAGAGAACCAAAUAACUAUAGAACCAGAGAACUAUAAAACAUUAUAUCUAUAGAACCAGAGACACUGAGAACCUUAUACUAUAGAACCAGACAACCUUAUAACUUUAGAACCAGAGAACCAAAGACCUAAAGAACCAAAGACACUGAGAACCUUAUAACUAUAGAACCAGAAAACCAGAGAUCCUUAUACUAUCGAACCAGAGAACCAAAUAACUAUAGAACCAGAGAACUAUAAAACAUUAUAUCUAUAGAACCAGAGACACUGAGAACCUUAUACUAUAGAACCAGACAACCUUAUAACUUUAGAACCAGAGAACCAAAGACCUAAAGAACCAAAGACACUGAGAACCUUAUAACUAUAGAACCAGAAAACCAGAGAUCCUUAUACUAUCGAACCAGAGAACCAAAUAACUAUAGAACCAGAGAACUAUAAAACAUUAUAUCUAUAGAACCAGAGACACUGAGAACCUUAUACUAUAGAACCAGAAAACCAGAGAAACUUAUACUA